AUGGGUAGAUUAACAAGGAGUAAGGUUGUGGCAGACAACCUUUCAGUCGAAAAGGUUACAAAAAAAGGGCAAAAUGCAGAAGGAAGCGAUCGAACUGGGACGGAAUUCUAUUUAGAAAUUUGGAAUGUGAUAAAGAACCAUAGAGAUAGCAGGAAUCGGCUGAUGGCAAAACUUUUCAAUACAUUGCCGGAUAGGAGGCACUAUCCAGAUUAUUAUGAGGAGAAAAAAAUAGACCGUAAAGAAUAUCCAGAUAAUGAAUCAUUUGAAUCGGAUCUUGAUUUAAUGUUCGAGAAUGCCAAGAAAUAUAAUGUGGAAGGCUCACAAAUAUAUAAUGAUGCCAAAUCAUUACAGAGAUUAGCACAUAAUCUCUUAGGAGACAAAUAUGUUAAAACAAAAGAAGGGAGUGAAACGUAUAAAACAUUCGACAAGAUCGAGUAUAAUGGCGAAACCUAUAAUAUAGGCGAUUAUGUACAUAUUGUUAACGAACUUGACCCAGAUAAACCAAACGUUGGACAUAUUUUUAGAAUUUGGAAAAAUCACAAAGGUGAAAACGGAGUCAAUGUUUGUUGGUAUUAUCAUCCUGAACAAACUAAGCACCAAGUUAGCAAGAAAUUCUUCCAAAAUGAAGUGUUCAAAACAAACACAUUUCAUGACCACUUAAUGCAAGAUGUUUUAGGAAAGUGCUUUGUCUUGCAAGUUAAAGACUAUGUCAAGGGGCGGCCAAAAGGAGGCGAGAACAAGUCAGUUUAUGUAUGCGAAUCAAGAUAUAACGAAGGCAGCAAAGUUUUUAAUAGAAUAAAGAAUUGGCAUCAUGUAAUGCCCAAAGGAUUUGACUUUAAAAAAAUUGAACUCGAUAAAUACGAAACGCCAAUUACAUUGAGAAAAAAUGAGAGUCCAUUAGCGGCUGAAUGGUUAGCUGCUCAUGACAAGGUGGAUGAAUCACAAAAGUUAGAAACAUCUGAAUUUGAACAGAUGUCAACACCAGUGUCAGCAUCUGAAUCUGUAUCUGCAUCUACAACAAUGACACAAACAGCAACACCUAAACCUAUAAGUAUGAAAAGACAACAAACAGCCAACCAGUUUACCGAUAAUUUAAAUCAACAUCCACUUGUACCUUCACAGUUUUCUUCUAAUGUACAACCACAAUAUAAUCAUUCAAUGGUUCCUCAGCACCCAAUGGCUCCAAUGAACCCUUCUAUGAUGAUGGGAAGGUUACAUGGCUACGGAUAUAAUACUCCUUAUCAACAUCCACAAUCACAUCAUAUGAUGAUUUCUCCUCAGUAUAUACACCCACAUCAUUAUCCAAUGAUGCCAUCACCAAUCUCACAUAACAUGACUCAAAUUCCAGAAACUUCUAAAGCGAUGCCUAAGCCUUUUCUAAGACGAACGACAUCUGUCGUAUCUAACAAUAACGUGUCUCAAAUCUUUGAAUUGCCUUCAGAAACAGCCGAGCAAUUUGCACGUGACGACAAAGGAAGAAUGCUUUGGUUUGUUACUCCACCAAUAGAUGUAAUACCAUUACCACGACCUGUACAUUCAAUAGAAUAUCUUUAUAGACGAGAAGAAAUUAAAAAGCGCAAGAAAGCACAAGAGACAAAUUCCAUUAGUGAAAGUCAACCUGAACGGCCACAGAAAAUACAAAAUCUCUCACAUCCUGAUGCUAAUAGCAUAAUGAAUGAUGAUAAACUACUAGACAUUAUUGAAGUUAGCUUUCAAGUCACAUUCAAAGGAAAAACUAUUCAGGUGGAAAAUUUAACGUUAAGUCAUACGAUUCGAGAAUUAAAAGAGCAUCUCGCAGAAGAGACGAACAUUCCUGUAGAAUUCCAGAAAUUGUUUUAUAAAGGUCUACUUAAUAAUGAUUCUACUCUACUAGAAUGUAAAUUUAAGAAUGGUAUCAAAGCAUUACUGGUAGGAAGUUCUCAGCAAGAAAUUCAAACAGUUAAUGCGGCAGAUUCGAAAGUUAUACACCAGUCGUCAAAAUCAAAAUAUGCAAUUAAUCCAUACAAAAAUAUUAGAACCGAAAAUUCAUUAGAUAGUAAUUAUACAUUUCAUAAAAUUGAAGUUAUUGAACAUUUUCCUAAUCCUGAUCGGGCCCGUGCCUUACUUGAGAAGUUACGCGAUGAUCGAGGCAUCCGUGCAAUAAUGUCACACUAUAAAUGGACUGCUGAAAAAACAAUCUUAGGAUUUAACAGAAAUGCCGGACAAUUAAUUUCUUUAAGAUUGCGUACGGAUGAUAUACAAGGAUUUAGGCAUUACCCCGAAAUCAGACGUGUCUUGUUACACGAACUCACGCAUAAUGUUUGGAGCGAACACGAUGACAAUUUCCAUCUUUCAAUGGAUUGGACUGCGUCAAAAUCGCACAAAAUUUCAAAUGAAGAAUUUUAUAACCCACCAGAGGAAGAAGAAAUUGAUGCACGCUCGUGGGAAGGCGGUACAUAUGUAUUGGGUGGAGAUCCAUCUCGUGCUGAUAUUCUAUCAAGGCGAGAGCUCUUGGCGGAAUCAGCUUUGAUCCGAGUGACAAAAGAAUAA